AUGCAGGCGCGCCGCCUGGCCAAGCGCUCCAGCCUGGGCGGCCGCCGCGGGGGCUGCGCGCCGCCCGGACCCCCCGCGCCCGCCCCGGGCCCCGAUUGCUGGAGGCCGCCGCGGCCCGCGCCCCCGCCGCCCGCGCCGCGCGCCCACGGGCCCCCCGCCCCUCCGCGGGCCACCGCCGCCGUGUCGCCGCUGCCGCUGCCACUGCCACCGCCGCCGCCGCCGCCGCCGCCGGGGGACGAAGAUGAGGACGGGGAGGGCGGGGGCCGGCGGCGCCGGGGGCUCGGCCGGGUGCCCGCCAAGCCCCGCGCGGUGGCCGAGGAGGAGGAAGAGGAGGAGGAGGAGGAGGAGGAGGACGACGACGACGACGAGGAGGGGAUCGUCGAGGUGGUGGACGACGACGACGACGACGACGGCGACGAGGAGCGCUUCGCGCCCGUCGGCCCGGGCCGCGCGGUACCCAGGGGCCCGGCCCGGGGCGCGCCCAAGGUUGGCAGCAUUAAACGGGAAAUGACCUUCACUUUUCAACCUGAAGACUUAAAACGUGACUGUAGUAAAAAAAUGUCUCAUCACCACUUGUUUUCCUUGGCCAUGGAGGAAGAUGUGAAAACCGCAGACACCAAAAAAGCCAACCGGGCCUUUGACCACGAAAAAGAAAACACCCGUUCCAUCUGUCUCCUGGAGCAGAAACGGAAAGUUGUUUCCUCGAAUAUUGAUGUUCCUCCAGCAAGGAAAUCUUCUGAGGAACUGGACAUGGAUAAGGUGACCGCAGCAAUGGUACUGACCAGUCUGUCCACCAGUCCUUUAGUUCGAAGCCCUCCAGUACGCCCGAAUGAGGGCCUGAGCGGGUCGUGGAAGGAGGGCGGCGGCGUCCCGUCUAGCACCAGCAGCAGCGGCUACUGGAGCUGGAGCGCGCCCAGUGACCAGUCCAACCCGUCCACGCCGUCGCCACCGCUGUCGGCCGACAGCUUCAAGCCGUUCCGCAGCCCCGCACCGCCCGACGACGGCAUCGACGACGCCGACGCCAGCAACCUGCUCUUCGAUGAGCCCAUCCCCAGGAAGAGAAAGAACUCCAUGAAGGUGAUGUUUAAAUGCCUCUGGAAAAACUGUGGGAAGGUGCUGAGCACUGCAGUGGGAAUCCAGAAGCACAUCCGGACUAUUCAUCUUGGGCGCGUCGGUGACUCCGACUACAGUGACGGGGAAGAGGACUUCUACUACACGGAGAUCAAGCUCAACACAGACUCCGUGGCAGAUGGGCUGAGCAGCCUGGCCCCCGUUUCUCCCUCCCAGUCCCUGGCCUCGCCUCCCACUUUCCCCAUCCUGGAUUCAAGCCGAGCGGAAACUCCUUGUGCCAAAACUGAAACGAAGCUGAUGACGCCUCUGAGCCGCUCGGCCCCCACCACCCUCUACCUCGUGCACACUGACCACGCUUACCAGGCCACGCCCCCCGUGACCAUUCCAGGAUCAGCCAAGUUCACCCCCAAUGGCAGCAGCUUCAGCAUUUCCUGGCAGUCUCCUCCAGUUACCUUCACAGGCAUCCCUGUUUCUCCGACGCACAGUCACCCCUUGGGCACAGGCGAGCAGCGGCCGCACACACACACGAUCCUGUCCUCGCCACCUCGCGGUACGGUCAGCCUGAGGAAGCCCCGGGGAGAGGGCAAGAAGUGCCGGAAGGUGUACGGCAUGGAGAACCGGGACAUGUGGUGCACUGCCUGCCGCUGGAAGAAGGCCUGCCAGCGAUUCACCGACUGA